AUGAGACUCCUCCAAGCUUCCCUGCUGGGCUUCGCAGCGAUCGCCUCGAGCACCAACGCGGCACCCCAGAACGAGAAGCGAGACGCGCAGUUCAACGUCGGCCAGCCCAUCGACGCCAAUGGCAAGGGAGGCCCGAUCCUUGGCGGCACCAACAACCAAGUCGACAGAGACAACCCGGACAACCUCGGCCAGCAGCCGACUGACAACGGGGUGGUGCCCAACCUCAAGUGGAGAUUCUCCGACUCCAAGACCCGGAUCCUCAACGGAGGUUGGGUCCGCGAGCAGGUCAUCCAGGAUCUGCCCCAGAGCCAUGACAUUGCGGCUGCCCAGCAGCAUCUCAGAAAGGGGGCCAUUAGAGAGCUUCACUGGCACAAAGUGGCGGAAUGGGGCAUCGUCUACUCCGGCUCCGUGCUCGUAUCGGCAGUCGAUGAGAACGGCAGGUACCAAGCUGAGAAGCUAAACUACGGAGAUAUCUGGGGGCUCGACGAUGAGAACGAGUACCUGCUUGCGUUUGACGAGGCCGACUUUGACAAGAUCGGCACAACCUUCAACAUCGUCGACUGGCUUGCUCACACACCUCGAGACAUCUUGGCCAAGAACUUUGGCGUCGACCCUUCAGUCUUUGAGAAGCUGCCGUCCACCAACCCGUACAUCUUCAACGGCACCAUCGCCACCCAGAACGUGACUGCCGGCGCCAAUGGCUACCUUUCAGGCAACAGCUCCUUCGUGUAUCGCACCCUGGAACAUCCAGCGGAAGUGGUACCCGGCAACGGCGGCGAGUUCAGAAAGAUAGACUCGACCAACUUCCCCAUCAGCAAGACCAUCGCCGCAACGUUCGUCACUUUGAAGCCGGGAGGUCUGAGAGAGCUUCACUGGCACCCAAACGCCGAAGAGUGGCUGUACUUCCACAAGGGCGAAGGCCGCGCCACCGUCUUCAUCGGCAACGCAGCGGCGCGGACGUUUGACUUCUCCGCGGGAGACACGGCCGCUUUUCCCGACAACUCCGGACACUACAUCGAGAACACUUCCGACACGGAAGACCUCGUGUGGAUCGAGCUGUACAAAUCAGACAGGGUCGCCGACGUUCCUCUUACCCAGUGGCUCGCCCUGACGCCGCCGGAGAUUGUAGCUCAGACCCUCAAGGUUCCGAUUGAGUUUGUCCAGCAGUUGAAGAAGGAGAAGCAGAUACUGAUCUAG